AUGGCCAUCCGGGAGCAAGCUAAACGAUUCGAAGAUCCUAAGCCUUCCGGAUCGAAAGCUCUGGUUGAAAAUCUAUACAUGGACGAUCUCAUCGCUGGCGAAGAUUCGAUGCAAAAAAUUCAUAUCAUCAAAGACGAGGUCGAAACCAUCCUAGCAGACGCUGGAAUGCAUAUGCACAAAUGGAGAAUGAGUGGCCAAGAGGAGAGCCUAGCUCAAGAAAACUACCCAAUGGAGCCGAUCAUAUCUCCUCUAACGUCGGACAAAGUUCUCGGAGUCGGAUGGAACAAUUCGGAGGACGAGCUGGUCUUCGAUCCCAACAGCCUGAUCCAAUUCGUCAACAGCGCCAAGCCAUGCAAGAGAUCUAUCAUGGGCGCAGCGGCAAGGCUGCACGAUCCAAUCGGGCUGAUCUCUCCUUUCGUCAUGGGUGUAAAAUUGCUACUGCAGAAAAUUCAUGUACGCAAGCUUACAUACGACGGAAUCCUACCCAAAGACCUUUUAGCCGACUGGUCGAAAUGGUCAUUGGUCAUAUCGAAAGCAAGAAUGACACCCGUGCAAGCACUGAAGACGCUGACGAUACCAAGGAAAGAACUCAUGGCAGCAUUGUUAGCGGCACGACUCAUGACAACAACGAUGAAAGCUCUGAACUUUGGAGCACGACAUUUCUCCCGGACAGAUUCCAUGAACGUUUGGCACUGGAUAAAGGGAGAGACACCCGAGAAACACGGUAUCUUCAUUAAGAACCGACUCACAGAACUACUGAGCCUGUCUGCAGCCACCGAAUGGUUUCACGUACCUGGGAAACUCAACCCAGCAGAUCUGCCAUCGAGAGGCAUAUCUAUGGCAAAUCUCAAGUCCAACAAACUUUGGUUGAAUGGUCCUGACUUCUUGAUGACAGGUCAUUACCCUAGGACUGAAAUUCCUCAAACCAUCCUGACCACCAUCAAUCGGAUCGGAGUCGGAGAAAAUCCGGUGACGGAGACUGUAAUCGACGUGAAGCGAUACUCUUCGUUAAGCCGUGCAAUCAGAGUCUGCGCGACCGUCCUACGCGCCGCCGCAAGAUUCAAAAGCAACGUUGGCAUCAUAGGCCGACGAAAAUCUUCACGUCUGAGAGAAAAAAAGAAAACCGAAUUGGAGAAGGAUUUAACAGCCGAGCCUCUGUCCUCCGCCGAACUCUCACAAGCGAAGCGACGACUCCUGCGCGAGGCACAAUCACGUUGCUUCCGGGAGGCGAUAGCGGCCGAUGAUCCAACAGAGUCCCCGAGAAUCUCGAAAUUCGCGCCCUUUGAAGACGAAAACGGACUUCUCUGGGUCGGAGGACGACUGCAGAAUUCGUGCGAAACGUUCGAGGGUUAUACAGCGCAACCGGGAGGGGCCGAGGAAGCACCACUGCCACAGUCGCGUGUCGAAUCAGGAGGCGUUUUCAAAAACAUAGGCGUAGACUAUUUGGGGCCCUUCCAAAUAAAGGGUGCCAAAGUCUGGAUUCGCCUAUUUACAUGCUCUGUCGUACGAGGGCUACAUCUGGAAGUCGCUGAGAACUUGUCAGCAGAAGCUUUCAGCAGCUGUUUCAAUAGGUUCAUCGCCGCCAGAGGAGUCCCUCAUAGAAUCAAUUCCGACAAUGGCUGCAACUUUGUCCGGUCGGCGAAAGCCAUGAAAGCCCUCUGGGACAAUCUUCGAGAAGAACAAACGCAGAACUUCUUGGGUUUACGGGAAAUCGAAUGGUCCUUAAACGCCCCGAAAGCAGCGUGGUGUGGAGGACAAUUCGAGCGAUUGAUCAGAACGGUGAAAGACUGCCUGAGUAAAACCACAAACAUGCAUUCGAUUCCUUUAUUCGACUUCCUGACCGUCAUCAAGGAGAUCGAAUCAAUCGUGAAUUCGAGACCACUGACUAAUUGUCCAACAUCGGUAGACGGCUUCCCGCCACUUACUCCGUCACACUUUCUCACACCCAGCAUGCCGAUAUCCCUACCGGCAGGCGACGUCACAGGAGCCGGAAUCCGCCCGGACGCCCUGGUCCAUGCGUGGAAGCGAGGAGAAGCCCUACUCGACGAUUUCUGGAAAAGAUGGCGAAUGGAGUACCUCUUGUGCCUCAGGUCAGCUCACGAGCGAAGGACAAACAAUACAGGAGAAACAGCCGUCGGUGAUGUGGUCCUGAUUCACGAGGACAACAUCAACAGACUUCACUGGCGACUAGGUAGAGUCAUCGGAAUCCUCAAGAGCCGAGACGGUCAAAUCCGCACAUGUAAAGUGAAAACAGCCGGAGGUGUUAUAGUGAGAACGGUCCAGCAUCUCUUCAAAUUACUAUAG